ACCUUCCUCCCUCCAAAAUUCCAUCUGUAUCUUCUCUUCCUUGUUCAUUGGCUCGGAUAUUUGCUUUGGAUGCUGGCUAUUGACUAUCGCUAUUCUGGUUCUUAUUGCCAACCUCCUAACUUGAUCUUCAAUUUUACAGAAUUCAUCCUCUUGGUUAAUUUGCCAAUCCAUAAUAUUUGCUGACCUCAUUUUGUGUCCAUCCAGAAACCUUACUUAUUUCCUGUGUCGUUAACUUCCCUCUAGACUCCAACCCUAGUUAAGAACUCAAAUGUCACUUGUAACAUCAGCAUCCUUUUUAGCUCCCUCCUCACCUCUUAACCUUUUCAAAGAAUACAAUUCAAGAUUCCAUAGAAAUGCUUUAUCAAUUCCUUUAGUUUCUAUUCCUUGCAAAUUUCCAUGUUGUGUUACUCAAGAUGACCAUAAAACUUUGAGGAAUAAAACCCAUAGUAUUCUUGCUAGAGAUUCUAUCAACUUCAACAGUCAGUCAGUCACAGAGGAAAAUGCACUAACUUUUGAUUGGGAAGAUGAAGAAGAUGUUGAAGACACAGGUUCACCAUGGGAAGGGGCAAUUAUAUACAAGAGAAACCCUUCAAUCACACAUGUGGAAUACUGCACAACCUUAGAGAGACUCGGACUAGGAAAACUUUCAACCGAGGUCUCAAAGUCUAGGGCUUCAGUGAUGGGAUUACGUGUCACAAAAGCUGUUAAAGAGUAUCCAGAUGGAACACCUGUCCAGGUCUCCAUUGACAUUACAAAGAAGGAGCAGCUGUUGAGGCUUGAUGGAAUCAUUAAAACUGUGAUAACUCUUGGCUGCAAUAGGUGUGGUGAGCCUGCUGCUGAGAGCAUUUUCUCCAACUUCUCACUUUUACUGAGUGAGGAGCCUGUUGAAGAACCAGAGAUUAUUGAUAUAGGAGCUAUCUUUGGGAAAGAGAAAUUUAUUUCAUCAGGAAGUAAUGAGGAAGAAGAAGAAGGGGAAGAUGAUGAUUGGUUAAUUGAUUGGGAUGAUCGGUUAUACUUCCCUCCUGAAGAAAAAGAAAUCGAUAUCUCAAAGCACAUAAGAGACUUGGUACAUUUGGAGAUCACCAUUACUGCAGUCUGUGAUCCAAUGUGCAAAGGUUUAUGUCUCACUUGCGGUACAAAUUUGAACACCAGUACCUGUAAUUGUGGCAAAGAGGCAAAAGAGAAAGGUCACGGCUCCCUCAGAAGUUUAAAGAAGCAGAUGCAGAAAAAAAAAAUGAUGUAAAUUCUGAUUCCCAUUCGAAAUUCCUUGGUUAAAGCAAAUUCCUUUGCAUCUGCUUGCUGUUGUUUUUACCUUACUGGGAUGUAAUUUUUGAGCUUUUUGGCUGAUAUUAAUAUUACAUCCACCUUUGUUCUGUUUUGUUUUUUUUUUUCCUGUUUUUAUUUUUAUUUUUAUUUGUUGUCCAAGUCUUAAGUGACUGAUGAAGAAGAAAAAAUAAAAAAAUGAAUAAAUU